AUGUCGAGAUCUCAAAACAAAACCACAGCGGCCUUCACCUUCGAUAACUUCAACAUCUGGCCGAUGCCCAUCUUGGUUCCCGGCACGGUCCAUUUAUCUGCGGAUCUGACCGUGAACCGGCCGGUACACAGCCUCUAUAUGGACGAAGAUGUGGACGAAGCCAUCGAGAGUUUCUUCUUUAAGCUGCCUUGUAUGGGCCAGGGGAUCGGUUCCUGUUCGGACAUCGACUGCUGCGAGUACAGGACGAUCGAGAUGCCGGAAAUCUGGGAGCGGUUCAUGUUCUAUCUCCUAGGCAACGAGAGCUACUGUCCCAUCCCCUCCAAGUCCGUGGUGAUCCAGGACGAGCUCAUCUCAAUACCCUCUGUGCCUGGGCCCCUCGUCCUUCUGGGAAACAAGAUGUACACGAUCAAACUGUUCUUCAAGGAAUCACGUGACGCGAAAGAUCACUUUGGUUGCAUCGAGUUCGACCUGGAAUAUGAUCUUGAUCUUCGUUCAUCAAGGCCUGUUGGGUGA